AUGAAGCAUGUAAAAGACAGAUUUGGUGACAACAUGCCAGAAGAAGUACUUCUGCUGUGUCUGGGCAUUACAUCAGGAGUUGGCAGAUUGAUCUUUGGCAGAGUUGCUGAUUAUAUUCCUGGUGCAAAAAAAGUUUAUCUCCAGGUGGCCUCAUUCUUCUUUAUUGGCUUGAUGUCUAUGAUGAUUCCACUGUGCCAUGUCUUUGGAGGUCUCAUUGCUGUCUGUCUUUUCAUGGGCCUAUUUGAUGGGUGCUUCAUUUGCAUUAUGGCUCCCAUUGCCUUUGAGCUUGUUGGGGCCCAGGAUGUCUCCCAGGCCAUAGGAUUUCUCCUAGGACUCAUGUCAAUACCUAUGACAGUUGGUCCACCCGUUGCAGGUUUGCUGCGUGACCACCUCGGCACCUACGAUGUGGCAUUCUACCUGGCCGGAGUCCCUCCCCUUAUUGGCGGAGCUAUAUUGUGUUUCAUCCCCUGGGUCCAUGAACGGCAGAAGUUAAAAGAAAGAGCAAAACCUGUUGAUGGAGAAACUACUGAGAAAAUGCUGGAAAAUGAAAGCACUUUGGUGUCAGACAUGACAGAAAAGCCAGUCAAAGAAAUGGAAUCUGGGUUUUGAUGCUUUAUUUUCAUGUACCAGCCUGACCUUCUUCUGUCGAAGCCAGAUUUGUACUUCUUGGCUGAAGCUCCUACACGAUACCGAAGAAGUCUUGAACUAUUGCUCAAACUGCAAAACUGCUAUGAGAAUCUUUUAUACCAUUGAACUUUUUUUUGCUGAGUGGUUGAGUUUGAUUUCAAGCCACAUUUUCAAGAUAUUUGAAGUUUUGUAGCAUUAGUGUGUAUGUGCAUAGUGAUUCUGUGUGUGAAGAGAAUAUUUUUCUAAUUCAUCAGAACCUAUUUCUGGGAGUGCAAAAGCUGGUUUUGGUUCACUGACCCAGGAUUCUUCAAUAACUUUUAUGGUCCAUCCAAUGCAGGGACACUUGUGGGUGCUUACACUGGGAAAUGUAGUAGCUCUUAUGACUGAUUCAUUUUUUGAAGUUUCUCAUGCUUUUUUACAUCCUUUUACAAUUCUGUAUCAUGA